UUGUCAAGGCAUCAUGAUACGGGCUUUUUCCUCCAGACAGGUUUCUGUGUACAACAUACCAGCUCCAUACCACUCUGAGCAGACUGCUGGGCAGGAUCCAUAUAUUCCUCACUACCUGUCCUACCAAGAGGGCUUGUGUCAGAAAUACUGUUUUUUCAAAUGGAUGAGGCUGUGUUUCUGGAGAAGAUGGUUUCUGGGAAUAUUGUCUUCGGUUUCUUUAAUGGUUACAGUAAUUGUGUUAUUCCUGCACUACUCGUUCUCUCCAGCUUCCUCUUUUAUAUAUAUUGGUGGAAGUGUAGAAAUUCCUAAUCUGACUUACACAAAUGACCUCAAUGAUCCAAAAUCACAGAAAUUCCUCUUGCAAGCAGAAGCAAUCCAAAAUUAUUUUGCAGAAUCCUAUGAGUAUUCCACCUUGGGAAAGUACUACUUGAAAUCUGUAGUGGCUGCAUUCAGUGAAGGAGAGUAUGGACUUCGAGCUUACUACUGGAAUAUGUUCUGGGCACCACAAGAUAUUGUUGAUUCUCUUAAAAAGUUAACCCCAUUGGAACAAAAAGAAAUCAGUAGUAAACAAAUCCCUCACAUGUUCAGUACUUCUGGGGAGGAAGAUUUUGAUCUUGUUACAAUGGAGCUUUUUGUUUCAGAUUCCACAGAAUAUGAUGUGAUGCUAAAAUCAGCGGUAUCCUUUGACCUGUAUGCCAAGCCAGGUAACAACAGAACUCUAACUCUGAUGAAUCCCAAGAAGUCUUUUUAUCAAUGGAGGUUGCGAGUUCCUUCUAACUAUGUGGUGAGACUGGUAGUUACCACUUUGCAUGGUGUUGCUCCAGAGAACUGUGCAUCACACCACUUAUCUGCAUAUGAUUUCCUUCUUCCUCUACAGAACAAGAUCAUUGCAAGGUGGUGUGGAUCUGGAGCCUGGACUCCUCCUGUUAUACGUUUAACUUCGUCAAGUAAUGUAAUGUUGCUUACCUUCUCACUGGACAAAAGAGAAGAAAGGAACAUACUAAAAGCUCACUUUCAAGCAAUCCCUAAAAUCAUGUGUGGUGGUCAUUAUAUAUCCUGGAAUGGAACUCUGAGCUCUCCUUAUUACCCGAGUUACUACCCUCCAAAUAUUGACUGCAGCUGGAUCAUCCGAGCACCAUUGCCAGCCUACAAGCUCUCCUUAAAAAUCCUUGUAAUACAAAUUCAAGAGAAAUCGCCAGGGUCCAGUAAAUGUGAUAAAGAUUGGCUAGAAAUUGAAGGAGUUAGAUACUGUAAAGAUAAUUCAGAAGACAUCAGAAACAGAGAAUAUGGCUAUUCUGUUGCAAUCAACUUCCAUUCUGAUGAACUGGUCACCCAUAAAGGGUUUUAUAUUGAAUACAAAGCUUUCAGUCACACAGACCGUUGUGAUCCAGAACAGUUGAACUGUGGUGAUGGGAAAUGUAAGCAUCAGUAUAAGAUCUGUGAAGGUGAUGAUAGCUGUGGGGAGGACAGUGAUGAGAACAACUGCUCCUACAAAAGUUGCUUCCCUUAUACAUACAAAUGCCUUAAUGGUAAAUGUUUGUUGAAACCAAAUCCUGAGUGUGAUGGGAAAAGAGACUGUGCAGAUGGAUCUGAUGAAGUGAACUGUGUAAUUUAUUCUCUUAUUUUUCUAUUGGCUUGUGGAAGACACCUGCUUAAGAAAAAUAGGAUUGUUGGAGGUGAAGAUGCAAGAUCUGGAAAGUGGCCCUGGCAGGCAAGUUUACAAAUGGGAGCACGUGGCCAUGUUUGUGGUGCAUCUGUUAUUUCCAAGAGGUGGCUCGUGUCUGCUGCCCAUUGCUUCUUGGAUUCUGAUUCUGUAAGAUACUCAGCUCCUUCAGGGUGGAGAGCAUAUAUGGGCUUACGCACUAUUAAUGAAAAAAGCAAUCAUGUAGAUAUGAGACCAAUCAAAAGGAUUAUUGUUCACCCACAGUAUGACCAAUCUAUCUCAGACUAUGAUAUAGCCCUGUUGGAAAUGGAGACGCCUGUAUUCUUCAGCGAGCUGGUACAGCCCAUUUGUUUACCAAGCACCUCUAGAGUAUUUCUUGAUGGAGCUGUCUGCUAUGUAACUGGCUGGGGAGCCAUAAAAGAAAAUAGUCAUCUUGCCAGAACACUUCAGGAAGCUAGAGUGAGAAUAAUUAAUCAAAGUAUUUGCACCAAGCUCUAUGAUGAUCUCAUUACAUCACGUAUGCUCUGUGCUGGGAAUCUUAAUGGUGGCAUUGAUGCAUGCCAGGGAGACUCUGGAGGUCCCUUGGCCUGCACAGGAAAGGGAAAUAGAUGGUACCUUGCUGGCAUUGUGAGCUGGGGUGAAGGAUGUGCUCGGCGCAAUCGUCCUGGUGUAUACACUAAGGUGACAGCACUUUAUGACUGGAUUCAUCAGAAUACAAACUGAUGUGCCAAGGAGAAAAUGCAGAUCAUCUCCAUUAUGAAAGCUGAUUCCUACAGUAGUCUGUCACGGACGUGAAAAUGCAGUUGGCUGUUUCAUUGUGAAAGAAUGCACUUUCAUAACGCAGAAACUAUCAUUUGUUAUUCAUCUAGCAGGAACUGUUUGGAUUCAGAGCAACUUCAGAUAACUUUAGGUUCCUUAUGGAUUCAUCUUCCUUAUCCCCAGCAGCACGGCCUUAAAAAAUACAAAUAAAAUGGGUUAGAAUCUGGAGAAAGGAGAAAAAAAAAAGCCAAAUCAUUUUUGCAGAUUUUCUCCCCUCCUUCCAUCUCUGAGAUGCACGUGUAUUUCUCCUGCUAUCUGUAUGUGUCUCUGCAUAGACGUAUGUGGAUAUAUUUGGGAUGUGGCCACGAAUACUCACAUACAUUCGCUUAGUGAUGUUACAGGAUUCUAAACACGAAUAAUUAUUUCAUGUUUCUUCAAAAUACAAUUACUAUAAUAAGCAUAGUAGACAAAUCUGAGAUUAAUUCAUUCUGUAGUUAUGCUGCAUGACUGUUGUUUUCUGGGCUCUAACUUUUAGGCUGUCUCCUGUGCUUUUACUAAAACCACCAAAUGUAUAGCUCACCAACAUUAGGAUGAAAAAUAAAAGUUAUUAAGCGGUAAGAGCAUCAUUUAUUUUCUUGGCAUAAUAUUUAAAGAGGAAAGAAAUACUGAAUUCUAAUGAAACAACAGGAAACUGCAUGUCAAAAUGCAUUGAGAAUUAUGUUUUAAUUAAGUUCCCAAGAAAAAGUCCUACAAGACCUCACAAACUACCAGUUCCUUAGCAAAAUGUCAGGGAUUUAGAAUACUGUCCGUUCUUAUCACUUUUACAGGCUUUAUUAGACAUAUUUGUGGAUGUAGCUGAUCAAGAUAAUAUUGUAUAUUUGAGUUAAUCGCCUUCUUUGAUAUUAGAUUGUGAUGAAAUCACCAAAACCAGAAUGAUUUCCUUUAUAAAAGGAAGUGGGAGUCAUAUCUCAACAGGACUCAGAUCUGUACCCUAGAACAUGAGUUUGUAUGUAUCCAGACUUCAAGAUGACUAUUUUUUCUUCUUUUUCUUCUCCUCCUCCAAACAGCUGAGGACUCAGCUGGUUCUCAUGUUGUAAGCAGCGUGUAGCAAUUGUAGUGGCAUUGUGUUAUGGUAUAUCAGUCUUCAAACCAGCAUGAGCAUGGUGCCUGGGUGAUAGAAAGCCAAUGCGUCAGUGGCUUCACCGGGUGCCAGAAACUGCACGUACACCUGGCUAAAGUAAGGGGGUACAUUGCUGCUGCUGUCUGAAGAGAGAAGGUACCACGUAUGCAGGACUAGGUAAAACACAGCACAGUGGGAUUUCUCCUGGGGCACCUGCAAGCUGUCUGUAUCAGGAUUAUUGCUCUGUCAGGAAGGCCUUCAUGUUGAACCCAGUCUUUUCAUAAACACAAGCAAAAUUUUGCAGCUCUGAGACUUUCUUGAUGUACCUGGACAUCUUGCCCAGCACUUAGCGCUUUCUUCCAG